GAAGUGGAUCGUAGCGCUAUCUAUUCCUAGUUUCAGUAGUCCCCUUGUAUUGGGGUUUGACACGUAUGCUGUUUUUCUUGUUUCCGGAUUUAUAUAAAUGUCAAUUAGUCAAUUGAAAUAUAUUGUUACCUUUUGUUAUCGCACAAUUCACUUGUGACUACUCAGGUGAUAAAAAAAAGUUUUUCUAACAAAGUGUGAAACAAUCGAAAAAAUGAGUACCAUAGCUGAACAACCUUGUUAUACCUUGAUAAAUGUUCCAACCGAUACGGAGCCAUUAAAUGAACUGCAGUUAAAACAAGAUCUUGAAAAAGGCGAUGUUCAUACAAAAAUUGAAGCUCUUAAAAAAACUAUUCAUACAAUCUUGAGUGGAGAACGCUUACCUGGACUUCUGAUGACUAUUAUUAGAUUUGUAUUACCAUUGCAAGAUCACACUAUAAAGAAAUUACUUUUAAUAUUCUGGGAGAUUGUUCCUAAAACCUCUCCUGAUGGCAAAUUACUUCAGGAAAUGAUUUUAGUUUGUGAUGCUUAUAGAAAAGAUUUACAGCAUCCAAAUGAAUUUGUUAGAGGUUCUACUUUAAGAUUUUUGUGUAAAUUAAAAGAACCAGAACUUUUGGAACCUUUAAUGCCUGCCAUAAUUGCAUGUUUGGAACACAGACAUUCUUAUGUUAGACGAAAUGCAGUUCUAGCUAUUUUUACAAUUUAUAGAAACUUUGAGUUUCUUAUACCAGAUGCUCCAGAAUUAAUUGCAAAAUAUUUGGAAGGAGAACAAGAUAUGUCUUGCAGAAGAAAUGCAUUUUUAAUGCUAUUACAUGCUGAUCAGAGCAGAGCAUUGGCUUACUUAGCAGCUUGUUUGGACCAAGUGCCCAAUUUUGGUGAUAUAUUGCAAUUGGUUAUUGUUGAAUUAAUUUACAAGGUUUGCCUUGCAAAUCCAUCCGAAAGAGCCCGUUUUAUUAGAUGCAUUUAUAGUUUAUUAAACUCGCCGAGUGCUGCAGUACGCUAUGAAGCAGCUGGUACUUUGGUUACACUUUCCAAUGCUCCUACAGCGAUUAAGGCUGCAGCUUCUUGCUACAUCGAACUAGUUGUUAAAGAAAGUGAUAAUAAUGUUAAAUUGAUUGUUUUGGAUCGCUUAAUUGCGAUGAAAGAUAGUCCUGUUUAUGAAAGAGUUCUCCAAGAUCUAGUAAUGGAUGUACUUAGAGUUCUAGGCUCUCCAGCAUUGGAAGUUAGAACAAAAACAUUAGCUCUAGCGAUGGACUUAGUAACAACUCGUACUAUCGAUGAAAUGGUUCAGUUAUUGAAAAAAGAAGUGCUUAGAACGGCUGGCGGAGAACAUGAAGAUGCUGGUCGAUAUCGACAACUUCUUGUUCGAACGCUACAUGCUUGUUCUAUCAAGUUCUCAGAUGUAGCAGCUACAGUAAUUCCAGUAUUAACAGAUUUCUUGUCGGAAAAUAACGAAGCUGCAGCUACUGAUGUUCUAGUGUUUGUUCGUGAAGCUAUUCAGCGUUUUGAAAAUCUGAGACCACUUAUUGUUGAAAAACUUCUUGAAGUAUUUCCACAUAUAAGAUCGGUAAGAGUACACAGAGCAGCAUUGUGGAUUCUCGGUGAAUAUGCAACUACAAAGGAAGAUAUUGAAGCUGUAAUGAGUCGCAUACGAGCUGCAUUGGGAGAAUUACCAUUAUUAGAAGCGGAGAAUAAACGUCAAGCUGGUGAGAAAUUAGAUGAUGGGAGUGCUCAAGUUACACCAGCACAAUUAGUUACAUCAGACGGUACAUACGCUACUCAAAGUGCAUUCAGUGCAACAUCUGCACGUAAAAAAGAAGAGAAACGUCCUGCACUGGUUCAAUAUAUGAUGGAAGGUGAUUUCUUCAUAGGUGCCUCUUUAGCAACAACUUUAGCCAAGUUGGCGCUUCGAUAUAAAAGUCUCGAAACUGAUCUACAGAAGAGCAAUCGUAUGCAAGCUGAAGCAAUGUUAAUAAUGUCUAGUGUGAUGCAGUUGGGUCGUUCGGGUCUUCCUACUAAAGCAAUAACACACGAUGAUGCAGAACGUUUAUCGUUAUGUUUAAGAUCCUUAGCCUGUCCAACACCUCUUGUACAGAAAGUUUUCACAGAAGGUUGCCGUGAUGCUCUUGGUAGAAUGUUGGCAGCAAAAGCUGAAGAAGAUUCACAAAACCAAAAGGCAAAAGAGAAACCAGGUAGUGUCGUUCAAGUAGACGAUCCUAUACAAUUCUUGCAAUUAAGCCGUGGUUCAGACCUAACAGGUGGAGCUGGUGAUGUAUUUGAGCAAAGUUUAAGUGCUGCUGUCGCUGGAAGACCCGGUGCUAGCGGAGAUGCGCCAGCUCCUAGUGCUUUGAGCAAAGUUACUCAAUUAACUGGUUUCUCAGAUCCUGUUUAUGCAGAAGCUCUUGUUCAUGUCAACCAAUACGAUAUAGUACUUGAUGUACUAAUUGUUAAUCAAACCGAAGAUACUUUGCAAAAUUGUACUUUGGAGCUUGCAACAAUGGGCGAUUUAAAACUCGUAGAAAGACCACAGCCUAUUGUACUUGCUCCUAGAGACUUUGCAAGCAUUAAGGCAAAUGUAAAAGUAGCAUCCACAGAAAAUGGCAUAAUAUUUGGCAACAUAGUAUAUGAUGUAUCUGGCGCGGGAUCUGAUAGAAGUGUAGUAGUAUUGAACGAUAUACAUAUCGACAUCAUGGAUUAUAUAGUACCAGCAACGUGCACUGAUCUAGAAUUCAGACAAAUGUGGGCAGAAUUUGAAUGGGAAAAUAAAGUGUCUGUAAAUACGACAUUAUCAGAUUUGAGGGAAUAUCUCGCCCAUUUACUAAAAUCUACAAAUAUGCGCUGUCUUACUCCAGAAAAGGCUCUUUCUGGGCAAUGUGGUUUCAUGGCCGCAAAUAUGUAUGCAAAAUCGAUAUUUGGUGAAGAUGCAUUAGCAAAUAUGUCUAUCGAAAAACCAUUGAAUAAACCUGAUGCUCCAGUAGUUGGCCAUAUUCGUAUUAGGGCGAAAAGUCAAGGCAUGGCGUUGUCGUUAGGCGAUAAAAUUAGUUCUACGCAGAAAGGUCCACAGAGUAAAGUGGUGCAAGCUGCUUAGAAUAUAUAGUUUUUUGAUCCAUGAUAUUUUCAGUAUUCAUGUUAUUUCCAGAGAGGAAUAAACGUGUAAUCAAAUUUGUUUAAAGAAAAGAAUGCGUAAUGGUAUCAGAAUGGCAUGAUGUCAUUUGCCUUCAAUUCCAUAUACAAAAUUUUUUCAAAUGCCAGGAUGUUGAAAUAUAUUUUAUACGAUCAGUGCAUUAAUUUA